UUCUUUUUUUGAUCAUUUUUUACCUUUUUAUUUCUUUUAUCCCUUGCUCAUCUUCAAUGAGGACCAUCUAUGCUAUAUGCUGAGCAUAACGUGGCCGUGAUAGCAGGGUAAAAUGGUACUCUGAUGCAGAUCUAGUACUUUUGACAAGAAAAAUAACAAAAUGGCUAGUUUUACAAUAAUUAUUAAUAGGCAAAGGACAAUGAUACUUAGCUUAAAAACGAUAAAUGGAGGACAAAGUGCCAGAUCCUAGGGUCUAAAAUGUGACUUUCUCUCAAUGUUUUUGAUCCCCCAUCAUGUUGAUCGAUUCUCCCAAGAACUCAUCAAUUCACUACUAUGAAUGAUUAGAGAGUAGAGCAUUACCUUUUUAAAGUUCAAUCCUCUUGAAUUUGAGUUUUAGGGUUUCCACGUCCAACAAUAAUGUUCCAAUCACAACUCUAUUGAUUAGAAGGGUUUACUCAAGUUAGAAAGGAAUUAGGGACUUGAAUUCAACCUAGAAUCAUGAUAAAACUUACCUUGGAGGGUUCUUGAGGCUUGGGACUUGUUCUCUCCUGCCUUAGGGUGAUUUUUUGUGAUUAGGGGUGUUAGAGAAAUAAACCCCAAGCUUAAAUAUAAGAAAAACGCGAAAAUAUGAGGUUUUGAUCCGAAACCCGACCCAUCCGCAUUGGGUCCGCGUCGCACAUCCAAAGCAGGACCCUCUGAAGGUCCUCGGCCAGAGAGGGUGUUUUUGUGCGUUCGGCCCACGACGCGGGGCCAUCGCACGCUCCCUCACGCGCCGCCUGUGUCGGUUCUGCGUAGUGUUCAGUAAAAUGGACAUAACUUCUUGGAUAGAGCUCUGUUCGCGCUCCACAAUAUACCGUUAGAAAGGUAUUUUAAAAGGAUACAACUUUCAAGUUUUAUGUUUUCUCAAAUUCUCAAUUGAUUUUCACAAAAUUGGGUUGGAAAGCAGAUAUAUCGAAAACUUAGCUGAUUUUAUCGAAUUUUAAGCGCCUUACUAUUAGCCAUCUUUUUAUGUUUUUUUUUUAGCCGAGGGUCUUUCGGAAACAGCCGUCCUACUUUGGUAGGAGUAAGGUCUGCGUACACUCUACCCUCCCGAGACCUCACGUUGUGGGAUUUCACUAGGUUGUUGUUGUACUAUUAGCCAUCUUGACGAUCAUAUCUCCUUGUUCUGAUCUCUCAUUGACCUAGUCCUUAUAUCGUUAGAAAGGUAUUUCUGCGUACUAAAACUUUCAUUAGGGUACUUUCCCUUAUUCCCAACAAAUCAAGGAGUUACGGCUGCCCGAAGUAGGCCUAUCAACCAUUUUUGCAAAACGUUCAAACCUUCAGUUUUUUCACUAAAACUCUAACGAUACGAGUCGAACCUUAGUUCUAAGGUACGGGGUGUAACAAUUAGAAGUAUAAUAGACUGAUACAUAGCAGUGUGCUAGUGUUAUGUUCUCAUCACGAAUUCUUGGUCCCUUAGUUAUUAUUUUCUUUAUCACACAGCCUAAAACAUGUUGACACAUACAAAUAAAGGGGUUUCUGGAGACGAAAGAAGUUCUCCAAGGGUCGAAAAGAUAUUUUGCAGAAAUGGAAGGCUUUUAAUAUUGUCUUAUUUAAUCGCCUUGAGCUUGUUCCCUUGGAUAUGUCAGAAAACUUGGUGUGUGCAAGGUUGGUGCAUUCAAUGAAUUUUACUAAUUUAAGGAUAAGCAAUUGGAGAAUCCUAAACCGAUUUCAUUAUGGAUUUCUGGACCUCUUCUUGUUUUUAACACCCCCCCCCCCCCACCCCACCAAAAAAAAAUUUGGGAGGAUCUAUUCUCACACAUCUCCUCCAACGUGAGGUCGUGGGUGGAGGUGCUUUACUAACUGAGCAACCCUCACUUGUCUCCAUUUCUGGACCUCUCUCUUAUUUAUUUCAUGCGAUUACAAAAAUAGAUACUAAAAAUCUACCAAGAUUAUGUAGAAGUAAUAAAGUGAUAAAUUUAUGAUGUUUUGACAAUCAUGUUUCACCCAAUUUUCCUGAUUCGUUGAUAUUCAGUUUACCUAGUGAAAGAAGAAGUUGCUUACGUAAGAGAUGACUUGCUCAAACAUCUGUGUCCUUUUUCGUGUUUGCAUGAGUGUCAUGUAUAUCAUCCCAAUGGAUCAUCAACCAUAUAUAAACAUGUAACGGGUUCAAGACAAUUUUUUUUUUUUUUGAGAAUGGUAACAUUUAUAUUAAUAUCCGCAGGUAUACUACACAAACAAAUUGUAGUCCUCCUCAAAAGAGUUCACUUACAAAAAGGGCUCCUAUAUCUAUUGCUAGUUACAAACUGUCUAGAACAUUGAAAAUAUCUUUAGUUUGUGUUGCUAACUCCAGUUUACACUAAAAAAAGAGAGACUUUAGCAGUUCAUCUUGAGCUUCUGAAAUAUUGCAGCUUUUGUUCUCAAAAUGUUCUCUGAUUCCAUUCUGCCCAAAUAGACCACCAAAUACAUGCAGGGACAAUCUUACAUCGUUCCUCCUUUUUGGAUACAUUUCCAUAUCUAUUCCAGCAUUCUAGCACUGCUUUGAUGUUUUUUUUUUUUCAUUAUCACCUAAUUUUCUUUAGAUUGAUAAAGCUUUUCCACAGCUGAUCUACCCAUAUACAACAUUUCUGCACCGAGUUUCAUGCCUUCACAUCCCGUUUGCUAGCUUUGAAGAAACUCGAUACUAUCGAGGAUGGCAAGUGAUUUUGCUCGAUACAUUGCCAAAUUGAGGCAGUUACUUUUCGAUGAGGAAAUUCUUAAUAGGCGAUUUGUGGAACUGGAAUGGUUGGAAAAUGACGCUGAGGGGUUUCUUGAGGAUGUUUAUGGUGAAUAUUUCAGGGAUGCUGCUAAAAUUCUUCGCUUAAUGGGGGCAGAAAUGAAACAACGUCCCUACCAUAUCCCUGAGAUAAAGAGGCUCCUUAAUCGAUUCAAGAAAAAAACCAUCAGUAUAGGAGCUGUAAAAGUGAAGCACCAAAUCAAUUGCAUGUGGCAAAACUUGAAGCGUGGAGAUUUUGAAGCGUUAACGUCUGUGUUUGAGGGUAUUAAACGGGAAAAUGAACUUGUGCAGUUUAGGCUGGAGAGCUACUUCAAGGUGAGGAAGCAAGGUCCACCUGCUGAGAUAGAGGACCGACCUGAGUACGGGUAUAUGGAUACAGACAGCGAGUAGGAAGUGGCAUCUCGACCAGGAAACCUUCAGAAAACCAGUCUGUCAAGUUAAUGGAUGUGAGUGGAUGUAGUAGGUAAAUGUAUAUGUGGAAAUAAAUGGGAACAAGAGAAAGCAACUUCAGUCUGCCUUCUUUGUAUCCCUAGUUGUAGUGUGAAUAACUUAAGUAACUGAUCUGAGGUCUACUUUUGGUCAUGUGACUCUGUAAUCUAUUUUCAUGUUGCUUAAUGCAAGUGUCUGAAAUGUCUCUUUCUAUG